GGAUUUUAUUGUACCUAAACUGAAUUAUUUGAAUGGGUUUGUAAUAGAGACAAAUCUUUUUCUAUUUAUGCAAAGAAAAAAAAGGUGAUUGAAUGUAUUGACGCGUGUAUUUAUAGAUAAUAAUAACCGAUCCCUCUCUCCCUUUACUUUUUGUUUUUUUUAUUAUUGAUUAGAGAGAGCCUCACGCUCCCGGUCUGAUCUAACAACUAAAACUCUCUCUCUCUCUCUCUCUCCUCUCCCUCUUCUCUCUGUUUCUCUUGCUUUUGGAUCUAAAUACAAAUUAUAUGAUGACCAUCCAAGCUUAUUCAUUUCCAAGUAUGGAAGAUUUCAACCAAAGUUUUCAGUUUGAGCAGCAACAAAUUAAUGCAGAGAUGAAGAUGGUGAUGCCAAUGGAGCAAACGUUGGGGUCGCUGGUCGAAAAGCAGAGCCAAGAGGUCGACCACUACCUUAACCUGCAGAGCAACCUAUUACGAAUGAGCAUCCUACAUCACUGCAAGCACCAAUUUGCGUCCUUAAUUCGACGACUCGAAGCCAAAGCUCAUUUGCUCAUUAGAAAGAAGGACGAAGAGCUGGCCGUGAUCACGAACAAAGCAAUGCAGCUCGAGUUUUGUUUGCAGAGAAUAGAGCAAGACAAGGAGACGUGGAAAAGGGCCGCGGGGGAGAGCGAGGCACUGGUUAUUUCUCUCAACAAGGCGCUGGAGCAGCUGCAGGGUCCUUGUUUAUCUUCAAAUGGGGGGAAAGGAGGAGAAGAAAUAGAGAAAGGGGAGGAAAUAAGUUCAACGGCUGACAACGGAGGCUCUGGGUUCUGUAGGAUAUGCGGGGUCAGGAGCUCUUGUGUGCUGCUGCUCCCUUGUAGGCACGUUUGUUGCUGUCAGGUUUGUGAUGCUUGCGUUGGGGCUUGCCCUGUUUGUGAGUCUGCGAAGGACGGGAGCGUCGAGGUGUUUUUUGCAUGAGAGGAGUUUUGAUCUUUCUUUUUUUUUUUUUAGAGUUUUCGCUUUUGUGUUUUUUUUUUGUUCAUUCUGUCUUUUUUCGGUUAGGAUGCAAGGAAGAGAUUAUGGCUGGAAGGUUGUAUUCGUAUCUUUUUGGUGUUCAUCUGUUUGCGCAUUAAAUGUUAAGGGGUUUUCGACCUUA